AUGGCUUCACCAGUCUCGGUCUACAACUCCAACGUCCUGGAUGCGCGCAUCCCCAGCACCUCCAGAGAGUCUCUGAAGAUGGAGUUGUUAGCCGACGUCACCCUGCUGCCCGGAGAGGAGCGAAUCAUAGACAAGGACAUCAUCUACAUCUGCCCGUUCAAUGGCGCCGUCAAAGGGAAGGUGUUGAUCACCAACUACAGACUCUAUUUCAAGAGCUCGGACGCGGACGUGGCGGUGACACUGGACGUUCCUCUGGGCACCAUCAGUCGCGUGGAGAAAAUGGGCGGGGCGUCGAGUCGAGGAGAAAAUUCAUACGGCCUGGACAUCACUUGCAAGGAUAUGAGGAACUUGAGGUUCGCCCUCAAGCAGGAAGGUCACAGCCGACGGGACAUCUUCGACCUUCUCUUCAAAUACGCCUUCCCUGUCUCGCAUGGCCUGCCUUUGUUCGCGUACGUAACUCAGGAGAAGUACGAGGAGAACGGCUGGGGCAUCUACAGGCCCGUGGAAGAGCUCAGACGGCAGGGCUUGCCGAACAACAAGUGGCGCAUUAGUUUUAUCAAUAAGAAUUACGAGCUUUGUGACACGUACCCCACCGUCUUGGCCGUGCCCUUUAAAUGUAAAGAGGAGGACUUGAGGAGAGUGGCUUCCUUCAGGUCCAGAGGUCGCAUCCCCGUCCUGUCCUGGAUCCACAGGGAGAACCAGGCGGUGAUCGCGCGAUGCAGCCAGCCGCUGGUCGGCAUGUCGGGCAAACGAAACAAGGACGACGAGCGCUACCUAGACCUCAUCAGGGACGCCAACGACACGGCUAAACUGACCAUUUAUGACGCGCGGCCCAACGUCAACGCCGUGGCCAACAAGGCCACGGGCGGUGGCUACGAAGGGGACGAAUACCACAACGCCGAGCUGGUCUUCCUGGACAUUCACAAUAUCCACGUCAUGCGCGAGUCCCUGAAGAAGCUCAAAGAUAUCGUGUACCCCAAUGUAGAGGAAUCCCACUGGCUUUCCAGUCUGGAGUCCACGCACUGGCUGGAGCACAUUAAGCUCGUGUUGUCCGGAGCCAUUCAAGUGGCAGACAAAGUGUCCGGCGGCAACUCUGUGGUGAUUCACUGCAGCGACGGCUGGGAUCGGACGGCUCAGCUGACGUCUCUGGCAAUGCUCAUGCUGGACAGCCACUACCGCACGCUCAAAGGACUGCAGGUACUCAUCGAAAAGGAGUGGAUCAGCUUCGGACAUAAAUUUGCAUCGAGGAUAGGUCACGGUGACAAGAACCACGCCGAUCAAGACCGCUCGCCCAUCUUCGUUCAGUUCGUCGACUGCGUGUGGCAGAUGACCAAGCAGUUCCCCACUGCUUUCGAGUUCAACGAGCGCCUCCUGCUGACCGUCCUGGACCACCUGUACAGCUGCCGCUUCGGGACAUUCCUCUACAACUGCGAGAGUGCGCGGGAUCAGAAUGCGUUGCGGCAAAAGACGGUGUCGCUGUGGUCAUUGGUCAACAGCAAGACUGACAUUUAUCUCAACCCUUUUUACACCCCCGAGUCGGGCAGGGUCCUCUACCCCGUUGCUAGCAUGCGCCACCUGGAGCUUUGGGUCACUUACUACAUACGCUGGAACCCGCGCAUCCGACAGCAGCAGAGUCCGGUGGAACAGCGUUACCUGGAGCUGCUAGCGCUCCGAGACGAGUACAUCAAGAAACUGGAGGAGUUGCAGCUGUCCGACUCGCCGGCACCGCCCUCGUCGCGGCUGGCUAACAGCGGCUCCGGCGCCAACACUUCGUCCUCGUCCGCCGGGUCACCCGCACAGCAGCAGUACACGCAACUACACACACCUUUCUGA